CAACGACAUCUCUCAAGCUUCCGGUUUGGCACGGACAAACACGUCGAUGACAAGCAGCCUUGCCGAGCGCAAACUCAACCUCGGCACGUCAGGAUGGCGCAGGUACCAGUGCAGACGAUCCAUCGAGAUCCCCAGUUAUUCUACUGGAUCCUCUUCCCGAUCACUAUCGUCAUGAUCCUCACCGGCGUCCUCCGGCACUACGCGAGUGUCCUGAUGGCGUCUGCACCCAAGAAGCUCGACCAAAAGACAAUGCGCGAGCAGAGGGCCCUCCUCCACGGCAUCAACGUGCGCAGCAACUACCACGUGCUGUCCAAGUCCUCUUUUACCGCGCGCCGGGAUGCCCUGAUCACCGCCUACGAGUCGGGCGACUACCUUAAGGACCCCGAUGCCCGUGGCCAACCGCCGCCGAAUCCGAUGAGCGACCCCAGCGCCAUGGAGGGCAUGAUGGGCAUGAUGAAGAACCAGAUGGCCAUGAUCAUCCCUAACACGCUCAUCAUGAGUUGGAUCAAUGCGUUCUUCAGCGGCUACGUCAUUAUGAAACUGCCGUUCCCGCUUACCAUCAAGUUCAAGAGCAUGCUCCAGGCCGGCGUGGCGACCAAGGAUAUGGACCCCCGCUGGAUGUCGAGCAUCAGCUGGUACUUCUUGUGUAUUUUUGGCCUCCAGCCCAUAUUCAAUUUCCUGCUGGGCAGCGAGAACGCUGCAAAUCAAAUGGCGCAGCAGAUGACCCAGAUGGGUCCGCAGGCUGGCCAGAUGUUCGGCCCCGGUGUCGAUCCCAACAAGCAGUUCCUCGCCGAGGCCGAGAACCUCGCGGUCAUUGAGCACCAUUCCGUCCUGGACGGCGUCGAGCAGCGACUUCUGGAGGGUAUCAAGGUGUAAUUUUGUAUCCAAUCCCGUAGACCGAACG